AUGGAUUUUAACUUCGUGUCGCCCACUAAUGUGAGUUAUGUGGCGCUUUUAAACGACACGACAGUUGAAUAUGAAGAUGCCGAAGACCCAGAUGCAGUCACACUGCUUUCUAUUUUACUAGUCGGUAUAUUCCUCUCUCUUCUAAUAUUCGUAAGUGCUGCGGGUAACAUCCUAGUCUGCAUAGCGAUAUAUACGGAUCGUGGAUUACGACGUAUAGGCAAUCUGUUCUUGGCUUCGUUAGCUAUUGCGGACAUGUUGGUCGCUGCUGCUGUAAUGACAUUCGCUGGAGUAAACGAUUUGUUGGGAUACUGGGUGUUUGGAGAGCAAUUCUGUGACACGUGGGUUGCAUGUGAUGUGAUGUGUUCGACUGCGUCUAUUCUCAAUCUGUGCGCUAUAUCGCUAGAUCGAUAUAUACAUAUUAAGGAUCCUCUGAGAUACGGACGAUGGGUGACACGUCGAGUCGCAAUCAUAACGAUUGCCCUUAUAUGGCUAUUAGCUGUCCUUGUCAGCUUUCUACCCAUAUCUCUAGGGCUUCAUCGGCCUCCAGACGAAGUAACCACAACAGAAAGGCCGCCUAGAUAUCCUACUUGUGCACUGGUUCUAACUCCUACAUAUGCCGUGGUGUCGAGUUGUAUAUCGUUCAUACUGCCUUGCAUUGUCAUGAUAAGCAUAUAUUGCAGAUUGUACUGCUACGCUCAAAAGCACGUGAAAUCGAUUCGAGCAGUCACCAGGACGGUACAGUUGCCGGAUAAUAGAACAAAAUCAGUUCGAACGAGAGUCCAUACCCAUGUUCACUCGUCGCCGUACCACGUGUCUGACCAUAAAGCAGCCAUCACUGUGGGGAUUAUUAUGGGAGUAUUCCUUCUUUGCUGGGUACCGUUCUUUUGUGUGAACAUUGUCGCUGCCUUUUGUAAAACUUGCAUACCGGAUCUCGCAUUUAAAAUCCUCACAUGGCUCGGCUAUUCCAAUUCCGCGUUCAAUCCGAUCAUUUACUCUAUAUUCAACACGGAAUUCCGUGAGGCAUUUAAAAAAAUACUCACGUCCAAAUAUCCUCCUUGCUGCGGCUACCAGACAGUUCGAGCGAACACUCCCACUAGGAACGAUAAUUUUGUCACUGAUUAUGGAACAAAGACUUUAGUAGUCAGAAGAAGUGGUUCCCUCGGCCUCUCUGGGGUCGAUCCGACCCCCAGAUCUUCGGCCGAAUCGGUCAAGCCCCUAAGGGAUUAUCACAUC